CGGGUUCCUAACCCAGAGCGGCGGUCUGAGUCACGGCCCCGCCCUCCCGAGCCGGACGCAGCGGGAGGCCCGGAGCAGCAGACCGAGGACCGCCGGGCCGCUGGGAGUGUGAGUCGCAGCCAUGUUCCUGGUUAACUCGUUCCUGAAGGGCGGCGGCGGCGGAGGAGCAGGCGGGGGCCUGGGGAAUGUGCUGGGGGGCCUGAUCAGCGGGGCCGGGGGCGGCGGCGGCGGCGGCGGGGAGGAGGAGGGAGGAGGCGGUGGGACCGCCAUGCGCAUCCUGGGCGGAGUCAUUAGCGCCAUCAGCGAGGCAGCUGCGCAGUACAACCCCGAGCCCCCGCCCCCACGCACCCAUUACUCCAACAUUGAGGCCAACGAGAGUGAGGAGGUCCGGCAGUUCCGGAGGCUCUUUGCCCAGCUUGCUGGAGAUGACAUGGAGGUCAGUGCCACAGAACUCAUGAACAUCCUCAACAAGGUUGUGACGCGACAUCCGGAUCUGAAAACUGAUGGCUUUGGCAUUGAUACAUGUCGCAGCAUGGUGGCUGUGAUGGAUAGUGACACCACAGGCAAGCUGGGCUUUGAAGAGUUCAAGUACCUGUGGAACAACAUCAAAAAGUGGCAGGCCAUCUACAAACGGUUCGACAUUGACCGAUCAGGGACCAUCUGUAGCAAUGAACUCCCAGGGGCCUUUGAGGCAGCAGGCUUCCACCUGAACGAGCAUCUCUACAACAUGAUCAUCCGGCGCUACUCAGACGAGAGCGGGAACAUGGAUUUCGACAACUUCAUCAGUUGCUUGGUCAGGCUGGAUGCCAUGUUCCGUGCCUUCAAAUCUCUUGACAAAGACGGCUCUGGACAUAUCCAGGUGAACAUUCAGGAGUGGCUGCAACUGACUAUGUAUUCCUGAAUGGAACCCCCAGACCUGCCCCCUCACCGCCUUGCCAUCGAGCCACCUUGAACCCUCCCAGGGGCUGAUCUCCUGUGGUCUUCGUCCUGUUCACCACAGCCCUUUUAUUCUCCCAGCCCCAGGUACCCAUCUUCUAGUCAGCAGCCAGGACCCAACAUGCUGUAGCAUGCCCCUCCCAGAGUUCCCUCUGGCUCUGCACCAUGCUAGAGUGCUCUGCCCAAGGGUCACCCCACCCCACCCCGCCACACCCGCCUCACACCCUCUCCACUGCCUCAUGUUUCUUCCAUGUCCCAAGGGCCCUGUCUCGGUAAUGGGAGGAUUACUCCAGUCCCACACACCCUGGCAGUUACCACCCAGGCAGUCAAAUAAACUGCAAGCCAUUCAGGUCCACACCCCCUAGUGCCUUUGCCUGUACUCUGCUCCCAACCUGCCAGGCCCAGGAAGAAAUAAAUGCUCCCCAGUUGCUGCUCCCUAUGGGGUCUGCCUCCUGUCCUGAGAGUUGAGGGAUGGCUGGCUGAGGCUCCAGGGAGGAGGGAGUCUGGAUGGGUGGGGGUGGCUUAUGUGUCUCUUUGCCUGUCCUCACACUGGGCCUGCUUAUCUCUUCUCUACAUUUUUUUUCCCCCUCGUACUGGGUUCCUGAUGAGCUGUACCCUGGUUCUGGCUGAGAUGCAUCCAGGUCCUUUGGAGGAUCGGACUGGGAUGCAGACACCCAAUGGCUCUGCUGCUGCUUCUAAAACCUGGGCUAGGGCCAGGUGCCUGUAGCUCAUGCCUGUAAUCCUAGCUAUUCAGGAGGCAGAAAUCAGAGCACUAUGGUUCAAAGCCAGCUCAGGCAAAUAGUUCCUGAGACCAUGUCUCGUAAAUACCCAACAGAGAAAAGGCUGAUGGAGUGGCUCAAAUGGUAAGAAUGUCUUCCUAGCAAGUGUGUGGCCCUGACUUCAAAACCCCAGUACCGCCAAAAAAAUAAGACCUGGGCUAGAGGAGGUCCCAAUGCCAUCCCUGACUGUGUUCCCCAGCAUCACAGCUUCAGUCCUCACUUGGCUAUACCUCUGAGCAGGGGAGGGAUUGCCAUCCCAGGAUACAAAGCCCCUGUCCCAGGACACUAUUCUGGAUCCCAGAUCCCAAGGGGGCAAGGGGUGCUGUCUGGAGUCUUUAGGAUG